CAUGUUCCUUAGUGAGCUCUUGAAGUUGAGCUUGAGCUUGAACCUGAUUCAAAGAUGACUCAUCGGACCUUCCUAAUUGGGUAUAUUCUCGAAUUUAGUGGAAGUGACGAUGAAUUAGUGGACGCGUCUGUCAAUUACGCGUCCAUCUGCUCACCAAGACGAUUCGUCAUUCCACAGUUCAGUCCAGGCAUAUAAAUUCACUGCUCAACAUGACAUCUCCCAUAAUCUCAUCUCAUCCGAUUUCAAUUCACAAUGUUGGUAUUCGCUACACCCCACUACCCCUCUCAUGCUACACAGCAGCGUGCAUGGGCUCUCCAGCAGCAGCGGCUUAGGAACCAGUCCAUCUCAGAUGCUCUUUAUGCCCAACACUAUCCAAGCCAGCUGCGCAGCACAAAUAGUCUACUUGAUCGUGUGCUAGAGCGCGAUGACUGUCUCCAUACCCAGUCUCCGUACUAUGGCUACACCACAAACGACCUUGCGGAGUACGAGUAUGAGCUUGCACUCUCAAGGGCCACCCGCGAGGCUGCAAUCCAUCAACUCCAUCGCGACUACAAUGCCGCUAUCCGAAGGCGGUAUGCUGCUUUCCAGGCUCAACGCAAGGAGCAAGAAAUGGAGCGAGAACUCCGCGCUCGCCGCCGCGCUGCAGAGGUUCAUAGCUUGCUCGCAGAUGGCAAGUCGUUCGUAGAUGGAUAUUGGCCUUGCGGCUUGCCUGUGGAUGCUGAACUCCCCACUCAGGCCACAGCUUCCACCUCAAAGGCCCCUGUCCAGAACAAGCCUUGGCGCGAGGAGAGACUUGAGGGUCGUAUGGCAGAGUUGCAAUCCAUCUUUGACCGUCUCUCUGAAGGCUCUUCUCCUUUCGAACGUGUUCCAGUAACAUCCGCCACACCCACGUCUUCGCAGGUCAAUGCCAGCCAAGAGGCAAGGACCUCCACGCACGAAGGAAAAGGAAAAGCCAAAGAGAUCCCAGGCUCCGACGUGGAGCCUUCAGUCAAGGAGAGGCUCGAGGAGUGUCUGAUGGACCAGUACCAAUCUGAAUUGAGCAACAUUUUCCAGUCGAUCCUUACUGGUUUGUCUGAGGGCACUUCAAUCGACUCUCCUUUCGAACGCGUUCCAGUGACAUCUGCUGCAGCUAGUACCUCUACGCAGGUCAACGUUAAUGAAGAGGGCACUACCUCCUCACACAAGGAAAAGGGAAAAGCCAAAGAGAUCCCUGACUCUGACGUUGAAGAAGAGCCCUCUGCAACUCCAGCCCAAGUCGCAUCUUCGCUCUCCCAGAUCACUUCCAUCGUAUCCCGUCUGGAGACACUCAUCGCUGGCUUCCAAUUCCCUGCCGAACUCGAUUUCUCUCCCUCUCGCUCGCCGUCCCCAGCUUACUCAGCUCUCGAUACCGAUGACGUGUUUGCGUUGACAUACACCGCGACCAACGCGCCUCUCCGCGCACAGGAGCAUGCGCUGUCGUUGCUCCUCACUGACCUGGACAACGUCCCAAGCUUUGGGUCACACGUAGUGAGAGAUGCAAGGCGCGCAGUUGUAGCACGCGUAGGGGAAGCUCUGGAAGAGCUGGAGAAAGGUGUGGAAGAGCGAAGGGGCCGUGCUCGUGGCAGGAAGGGAGACCCUGUCACUGUUACGGUGCCUGUCGCGCAGUCCUCGGAGCCGGAGAAUCUUACCUCUGCGGAUCUCGUGCCCAUCCAGGUCCCCGUUAUAGACGAAGUUUCUACGAACGUCUUUGUUCCUGCAGUCCCAGUCGAAGCACUCGCACCCGCCGCAUCUUCUCCCAUCGAAGCAAUUGCAGGCCCUGUAGUGCUUGAGGCUAGCAUCGAAGCACCCGAGAUCGCAACCACAUCUGUGGCGGAGCCGAGUGUUGCUUCUUCUGGUUCUCUUCCCACAGCAUCCUCUAAGUUGACAGCUCAGGAGGUUUCGGUCCCGCAGGAAGAAAAGUCCGAGGAGCCGCUUGUCGAUGAAGUCAGCACCGUCUCUGUCUCUGAGGACGUAGCAAACGAAGAUGCAGUGCUCAUUGAGGCCACCAACUUAUCCACUCACGCGGACCUCACCCAACCGUCAUCUCCAUCCGCAACACACUCGACGCCACCUCCCCUCGAUACCUUAGAUUCACAUUCCCAAAACACCAUCGGUAUCUUUCCUCCCGUCUCCAUUCCCGAUUUUGAGACUUUGACCCAUGCGGACGCUAAUAUCCCCGCGGAGGUGACAGAUACCGCUACUGCAGAUGAGCCGGCAUCGUAUGCACCGGCAGCGGCGGCGGCGUCUUCUUUCUUGGGAUCUGAUCAUGAGCAGGCUCGGAGUGUGGAAUCUUCGUCUGAGGCGGAAGUGGAUACGUUCCUCCUUCUCUGAGGGGAUGAGUGGGUCGUGGGCUGUCUAUUGUAAUUGGUCGAUUUUGGAUUUUUGACUGUUUUAAAUUUCACUUAUGUUCUGGGACGUCUUAUGCUUACGUUGUUGAUAUUCGUUCAUGAUUAUUCGAUGACUGGACUCCAGUUUGAAUAAUGAGUGCUUAGCUAAAACAAUGGUUAAUUUAAUGCAUGUUUGUUAUACAAAA